UAACGAUUCACAUUAAAUGCAAAUCCCCACAAAAUUAUUGUUACAGACGUUUAAAAGUAUAUAGAAAAAUUUUGCACAAGAACAGUUGAUAAAGGAAACUUAAAAUAACAACUUAAAACAAAAAUAAACUCAAAAUAAUUAAAUAAAUUAUAUUAAAAUAUAUAUAUAUUCAAUAAGCGCUAUAAACUUAAAAGUAAACCUUCAGACGCAAGGUAGAACACUAAACCAAUAGUUUAAAAGGAAAUCGUUUGAAAGACAAUACGCCCAUCAACACACCAAAAAAUUACAAUGGCAGAUAAAAAAAUUGGUGAAUACUAUGCACCACCUGUGAAAAUGGGCAAAUGGGAGGGUUUCAAAAAAUUCCUAUGGAACAGUGAAACUAGCCAAUGCCUUGGACGCACCGGAUCCAGUUGGGCGAAAAUUCUUCUAUUUUACAUAAUAUUUUAUGCGGCGUUAACUGGUUUUUUUGCUGCAAUUUUCACUGUAUUUUAUCAAACAUUGGACAAUGAAAAGCCAAAAUGGAUGCUUGACAAUGGCUUGAUAGGGUCCAACCCAGGUCUAGGCUUUCGACCAAUGCCACCGGAAGCGAAUGUUGAGAGCACAUUAGUUUGGUACGAGUCAUCAAAGAAGGAUAACUAUAAGUACUGGGUGGACGAGACUUCACGUUUUCUGAAAUAUCACACAUACCAAGAUCUUGAGAAGCAGAAUCAAGUGAACUGUAGCUUUGAACAUCCACCACAAGACGACAAAGUCUGCGGCAUUGACUUCUCCAGCUUCUCGCCAUGUACAGCUGACAACAACUUUGGCUACCACGUUGCCCGGCCAUGUAUUUUCCUUAAGUUGAAUAAGAUUUACAAUUGGAUACCAGAAAUUUACAACGAUUCUAAGACCUUGCCAGAUCAUAUGCCAGAGGAACUAAAACAGCACAUCAAGGAAAAGCAAAGUCUUAGGCCCAAUGAAACAAAUGUAGUUUGGGUCUCGUGCGAGGGAGAAAAUCCCGCUGAUGUCGAGAACAUAAAAGCACGUGACUACUAUCCCCGCAUGGGGUUUCCUCGUUACUAUUUUCCGUUUAAAAACAUUCAGGGAUAUAUACCGCCCAUUGUUGCUGUUCAAUUUACCGUUGAAACCGGCGUUUUGAUCAAUAUUGAAUGUAAAGCUUGGGCCCGCAACAUUAAUCACGACCGCUCAGACAGAAGAGGAUCCGUUCACUUCGAGUUGAUGGUUGAUUAAGAGAGUCGUUACGAAGAUGUCAUUGGCGAGAAGAGAUCGGCCGUAUUAUUAUUCGAAAAAUAUAUGAGAAAAUAAAAUAAAAUAAAUGAAUGGAAUCUAGAAAAAUCUGGCAACAAAACCCACACAGAAUAGAUACAAGAAAAAUGUAGUAGCGCAGAAACGACAGGUUAUUGCAAAAAAAAAACAAAAAAAAAAAUUAACGUGCGAAAUACAGCAGCAACCAAAGAGAAAACUAAUAAAAAAAAAAGCUACAAAAACCAAUGAAAACCUUUAAGAGAAAAUAAACCUUGCCCAAUAAAGCAAAACAAAAAGCUUAGAAUAUAGAACCCUACCCAACGCUAAAUAAACACCGCCUCACGCAUAUUCACACAAAAA